CAAGAUCUUCGUCUUUCUCUCCAUGACUGCUGUCUUCCGUUAUUUAUCCACUGUCUCGGAGUGCGUGGGUUAAUCUAUCUUCUUCCACCCCUCCCCUCCGCGACCAUCCACAUUCGCCUCCCAACGAGAACCUCAACAACAUCCAACUGUACGAAUCUUUCGACUUAACGGAGUGCCUAUCCCUGGACACCGAGUUUCAACCAGGUACCUACGCGUUUCGCCCGCUCUCGUGCUGAAAUGGUCCACGCCACAGGCGAGGAACGCGCCGUACACCUUUCACGAGAGGCUGUCGAGUUGAGAGAUUCCGGGCACCAUGAGGCCGCUGUCCGAAAUCUCCGAGAAGCCCUCGCGCUCGCGCCCGAUAAUGCUACUGUCAAGGAAGCUUUCCUGAAGAUUCAGAAUGAAGACGGAAACAGCCAUCACUUACUCGAACUGUGCCGCAGUUAUGCUAUCCAGAAAAACGAAAAAGCUGGAAAAGACGCCGCCCGCUAUCUUCGGACCGACGGUCUUGUCCCGCCGGAGAAUGUAGCGCUGGAGUGUGUGAAACUGCUGCUUUCAUACCAGGCGCAGGCGUUGUCUCCGCUCCAGGAUGAUAUUAUCGCGGGUCUCGUUCGCCAGAAUGCCAGUGUUCGCCAGUAUUUCUCCAGCCAGCUUCAAGUGUCGGUCACCACAUUUUUCGAUGACCUUUACGACCGGGGCGAUGGAGCCGCGGUGUGUCUUGAUACUGUAGUUUUGGAUCAUGCAGUCUGGCCUUCGGAGGAAGCACGCCUGCAUUGUGAGCGAGAGCUCUUCCAGCUCUUUAUCGCCAAGCUUAUGGAAUCGGGCCAUGAUCUGGACGGGCGAUCGCUCAAGGGUAUUGCUCGUCUUUUGGCUGUUGAGGCUGACCAGUUGCGAGAUCUAAUGGAUGAUGAGAGCCUUGAUGUGGUUAUAACGUCCUUGGAUCACCGACUUCCCCUGGAGUGGAGAAGCCAGGCUACUUUGGCCACCGUCAAGUACCUGGAGUCUGCCAAGGAAUUUGGACAGAAGCAGUUUUCGCAAAUCAUUUCAGCCAAGCUAAGGAAGAACCGUGUUGACGACCUUACCGUUGCGUUUUCCGCCACAGCCGUCAUCUUCCCCAUUGCCCCCGAUGUUGCGGCCGAGCUCUUUCUCUCUGAAGCCUUCAUGGCCUCUUUGAAACCCCUCACUGCGAGGGAUGCGAAAAGCCGCAGGAUGGAAAAAGCGAUUCUAGAGCUCCUCAAUGCUGCAUGUAUCAGCAGCACCAGUCGCGACGCCAUUUCUAAGAGUCUCUCUGACUGGCUUUCUCAUAUUCUCACGAACGGCAGUGACGAGAGCUCCGAGCUGGCGGCAGUCAUCCUGGCAAAGCUGCGAGCUUCUGCGAAGGACAGCAAUGGUACAGCUUCUAAUGGUAAGGCUCAGAGCCACGACGGCAAUGUUUCUGAGCUUGUUGACCGAUUCAAGGGAUUGAUGUCUCGACAAGAGACUGAGCAUAUCUCGAACGCGAUCGAAGGCUUAGCUUACUCUUCGGUCAAACCGGAGGUUAAGGAACAACUCGCAGCAGAUCAGAGUUUUUUGCGAGGAUUGAUCAAAGUCCUACAGGAGAAGUCUAACGAGACAUCGAUUCUUUACGGGGGUCUGAUGAUUAUCUUGAAUCUUACGCAGUUCCUUCCCAACUUAUCUGAGGAGCAAAAGAAAAUGUCUCAGCUCAAAUCUUACGCUGAAGCAAACGCCAAAGCCGCGCAGAAUGGUCCGAGUGUCCUCGAGGAUGACAAGCAUGUCAUAGCUCGUUGUGCCGCUGUAGUUGAUGCAGGAGUGGUUCCUCUCUUGGUGGCCUGCGGCAGGAAUACCGCCCGCUCAAAUCAUGAGCUUAUCAGCCGUAUACUUCUCUCUCUCUCGCGUAAUCCCAAGUCACGCGGUACCCUAGCACAGCAAGGUGCGGCCAAGCUAUUACUCGGUCUUGCCGUCAACUCUAACUCAAGCAACACCAACAUCCUGAACGCGUCGCACGCGCUCGCACGUAUUCUUAUCUCCGUCAACCCCUCGCAUGUCUUUCCGCUCUCGGGCUAUCCCCAUGUUACUUCGGCUAUACGACCCUUGGUCGCGCUUCUCGCUUCUCCCGAAGUCACCAGUGUAACAGCAGAACAGCCACUGGACAUGUUGCCGGUGUUUGAAAGCCUCCUUGCACUCACGAAUCUAGCUUCUCAUCCUGAUUCAGCGGCUGCAGAGGCUAUCGUCCGUCAUGCUUGGCCGCAAGUGGAAGAAUUACUCCUUUCCAAGAACCCUUUAAUUCAGCGAGCCGCUUGCGAGUUGGUUUGUAACCUGAUGGCCUGCGAAUCCGGGGUCAUCAAAAUGGCCGACGGCACCAAGCGAGCUGCCCAACGUCUACAUAUCUUGCUCGCUCUCACAGAUACCGAUGACCUUACCACGCGACAGGCUGCUGGCGGUGCUUUAGCUAUGCUGACAGAGUUUGAUCCUGUCAUUGCUGGGGUACUCAAUCGACCGCGCGGUGUUGAGCUCUUGCUCAACCUUUGCCAGGAAGAAGACGAUGGCCUUAUCCACCGCGGAAUCACCUGCGUACGCAAUCUGACUUGUGCCGCCUCUGGCGACAAUAGGCGUCGCGCCAUAGAAGCCGUGAAACAAGCCAAAGGCGUCGAGAUUCUAAGCAACAUGCUGAAGAAGACGCGGAACCAGUUGAUCCUCCAGAUUGGCGUUGAGGCAUUAAAGCCCCUGGUGGAGUGAUAGGCGGCGGCAGCAUUUAACACUCGAGUUUAAGCCUUUCUUGAUGUCGUGAUGAACCCAGUACCGUAUUUUACCUUUCAUAGACCUCUUACUUUUCACUUCUCUGUUGCUUUUGCUUUGUUUUCCUCACCUUAAUUUUCGGAGUCAUUGAUACAGCAGUGGAUUGUUUAUGGUUGUGUUGCUACGGCGCGUUUGGCACGGGUUUGUUGAAGGCGUUCUUGAGCUUACAUCAUCUCUUAUAAUUCUUACAUAUGAUUACUCAAUGUUGACUAGACGCCCAAAUUGUUAGAGCGGUUCGCCGGUUACAA